AUGCCUAUCUAUCUAUCUAUCUAUCUAUCUAUCUAUCUAUCUAUCUAUCUAAUUUUUAUUCCGAUCUAUUCCAUUCUUCUGUCUUAUUCUAUUCCUAUAUAUUUAUCUCAUUAUGUUGUUAUCUAUCUAUCUAUCUAUCUGUCUUUUUUCGUAUCUAUCUAUCUAUCUAUCUAUCUAUCUAUCUAUCUAUCUAUCUAUCUGUCUGUCUGUCUAUCAAGUCCAUUCUUAUCUGUUUGUUUAUCUAUCUAUCUCACUAUUAUCUAUCUAUCUAUCUAUCUAUCUAUCUAUCUAUCUAUCUAUCUAUCUAUCUAUCUAUCUAUCAAGUCCAUUCUUAUCUGUUUGUUUAUCUAUCUAUCUAUCUCACUAUUAUGUUCUUAUCUAUCUAUCUAUCUAUCUAUCUAUCUAUCUAUCUAUCUAUCUAUCUAUCUAAAUCUCAGCCACUCCUAUCUCUGUAUCUAUCCUACUCAGUUUCUCUCUCUCUCUCUCUCUCUCUCUCUACUCUCUCUCUCUCUCUCGCUCUCUCUCUCUCUCUCUCUCUCUCUCUCUCUCUUUCUGACUCUGCUUUCUUUGACAUUCCUCUUCCUUCUUUACUUUCUCGGCACCUCUCUUUCUCUCUCUCUAUCUUUGCUCCUUUAUCGACCACUCUCACACUCUCUUCCUACUUUACUUUCUCUCUCAUCCUUACUUCGUUCCUCUCUCCCCCUUCUCUUUCUUCUUUACUUUCUCUCUCUCCAUUUCUUCGCUCCUUUCUCGCCCCGACCCUCUCUAUCGUCUUUCUUUACUUACUCUCUGUCCCUUCCUUCGUUCCUUUCUCCCGUUCCCUUCUUUUCUUCCUUUCUCGUCCACUCUCCCUCUCCCUUCCUUCGUUCCUUUCUUCCUCCCCCUCUCUCUCUCUUCCUUCUUUCCUUUCUCUCUCUACCUUCCUUCGUUCCUUUCUCCCGUUCCCUUCUUUCCUUCCUUUCUCAUCCACUCUUCCUCUCCCUUCCCUUCCUUUCUUCCUCCCCCUUCUCUUCCUUCUUUCCUUUCUCUCUCUCUUCCUUCGUUCCUUUCUCCCGUUCCCUUUUUUCUUCCUUUCUCGUCCACUCUCCCUCUCCUUCCUUCGUUCCUUUCUUCCCCCCUCUCUCCUCUUCUUUCUUUCCUUUCUCUCUCUCUUCCUUCGUUCCUUUCUCCCGUUCCCUUCUCCCUUCCUUCUUUCCUUCCUUUCCUCCCUCCCUCUCCUUCCUUCGUUCCUUUCUUCCUCCCCCCUCUCUCUCCACUUCCUUCUUUCCUUUCUCUCUCUACCUUCCUUCGUUCCUUUCUCCUGUUCCCUUCUUUCCUUCGUUUCUCCUCCACUCUCCCUCUCCCUUCCUUCGUUCAUUUCUUCCUCCCCCUCUCUCUCUCUUCCUUCUUUCCUCUCUCUCUCUCUCUCUCUUACAUUCCUUCGUUCCUUUCUCCCGUUCCCUGCUUUCCUUCCUUUCUCCUCCACUCUUCCGCUCCCUUCCUGCGUUCCAUUUUUUUCUCCCUCUCUCAUGCUUCUUAACUGUCUCUAACUCCCUUCUUUCCUUUCUGUUUCUCUCUCUCUUCCUUCUCUACUUUCUCCCUCUCUCUUCCCUCGUUACUUUUUCUCUCUGA